AAUGUUUAACAUUGUCUGCUAUUAUUUAUUACUAUUUAUUUAUUUAGUCCUCACUUCUCAAUCUCAUCCAUGCUUACUUCAUGACAAAGCAAAUGGCCUUCCACAGUUAUACCAUUCAUUCUUGGCUUCUUGCUAUAUGACAUAUAUCGGUGCAUUCAAUUUUUUAUAGUACAAAAAAAUUAAUAGAUAGUUGCUCUGCUGUUUCUAAAUCGAUCAGAAUCCCCUCGUGUCCUCUAUCUAUCGAAAGAUAUCUCACGGUAGUGGAAAUCUUAUCAAAAGAUAUCUUUCGAUAAUGUAAAUUUUAUUUGGAGAUAUUUUCUGAUAAUAUUUUUUUUUAGUGUGAGCAAUUUACGAGCGAAGUGCAACUAUUAUAUUUUAUAUUAUUUUUCUAAUCUAUAUAAUCUAGUGCUGUUCUGUGUUUUGUCACACUCUUUCCAAAGAAUAAGAUACUAAAUAGAUACAGCUCAUACACAGAACAGAAGACUGGUCCAUCACUCAUGUUGAAGAAAGAAUCCUCUCUCUCUCUCUCUCUCUCUCUCUCUCUCUCUCUCUCUCUCUCUCUCUCUCUCUCUCUCUCUAACAUAACAUAAGUACAUGUACAUUGACAUCUCGUAGCUUCAAAGCCAAAGGGAAAAGGAAAGUGUUGUUGAAAAAAUGGAGUAUUCAAUGAGACUAGUAAAGUCUCUCUCAUUUUUGUUAGUAGUUUUACUUGUUGUGACAAAUUCAAAUGGAGAAGACCCUUAUAGGUUCUUUACUUGGAAUGUUACCUAUGGAGAUAUUUAUCCUCUUGGAGUUAAACAACAGGGGAUUUUGAUAAAUGGGCAGUUUCCUGGACCACAGAUUGAAUCUGUCACUAAUGAUAAUUUGAUCAUUAGUGUUUUCAAUAGCUUGGAUCAACCUUUCCUCAUUUCUUGGAAUGGGGUGGAACAAAGGAGGAAUUCAUGGCAAGAUGGAGUAUAUGGCACAAACUGUCCAAUUCCACCAGGACAGAACUUCACAUAUGUUCUUCAAGUUAAAGAUCAGAUUGGUAGCUACUUUUACUUUCCCUCCCUUGCAAUGCACAAGGCUGCAGGCGGUUACGGUGGCAUCAAAAUUAGCAGCCGCCCGAUGAUUCCUGUACCUUUUCCUCCUCCUUCCAAUGAUUUCACUAUAUUGGCAGGAGAUUGGUACAGCAAAAAUCACACCGAUCUGAAGGCCAUUCUGGACAAUGGAAGUGACCUUCCUUUUCCCGAUGGACUUAUCAUCAAUGGCCGAGGUUCUAAUGCUUACACAUUUAAUGUUGAUCAAGGCAACACUUACCGAUUCCGGAUAUCAAAUGUUGGACUCACAACUUCCAUUAAUUUUAGAAUUCAAGGCCAUAAGAUGAAGCUAGUUGAAGUGGAAGGAAUACACACACUACAAAACACUUAUGAUUCCCUUGACAUUCAUUUAGGGCAGAGUUACUCAGUUUUAGUUACUGCCGAUCAACCACCACAAGACUAUUAUAUCGUUGUCUCAUCGCGAUUUACUUCUCAAAUAUUAACAGCUACCUCCAUACUUCAUUACAGUAACUCGGCAAAAACUGUUUCUGGUCCACCCCCAGGUGGUCUAACAAUUCAAAUCGAUUGGUCUCUCGAACAAGCUCGUUCUCUCAGGAGGAAUCUUACGGCUAGUGGACCAAGACCUAAUCCACAAGGAUCAUACCAUUAUGGUUUGAUAAACACGACACGUACAAUUAGACUUCAAAACUCUGCACCAAUUAUAAAUGGCAAGCAAAGAUAUGCCGUUAAUAGUGUUUCCUUUAUCCCUGCUGAUACGCCACUUAAACUGGCUGAUUAUUUCAAGAUCCAAGGAGUUUUCAGCCUUGGAAGUAUCUCGGACAAUCCAACUGGUGGCGGUGCUUACCUCCAGACUUCUGUCAUGGCUGCUGAUUUUCGAGGCUAUGUCGAGAUUGUGUUCGAAAAUCCUGAAGACAGUGUGCAAUCUUGGCACAUUGAUGGUCAUCACUUCUUUGUUGUAGGAAUGGAUGGAGGCCAAUGGUCUCCUGCAAGCAGGUCAAAUUACAAUUUGGCCGACACAAUAUCUCGUUGCACAGUUCAGGUGUAUCCUAAGUCAUGGAGUGCUGUGUACAUGCCUUUGGACAAUGUUGGAAUGUGGAAUGUAAGAUCAGAGAAUUGGGCUCAUCAGUAUUUAGGACAACAAUUCUAUCUUCGUGUGUAUUCUCCUGCGAAUUCGUGGAGGGAUGAGUAUCCCCUACCAAGUAAUGCUUUGCGAUGUGGUCGAGCUGUUGGUCAUUGAACUCGGUCGUUAUAAGCUUCACUAAUUCUCAGUGAAGCAUUAACAUAUACACGAUACUAAAGUAUCGGAACUUUCAGCCACAUAGUUUGUUUCUCUUCCAAGGCUUAACUCGAGCCAAUUUUCCUUUGUAUUAGUCAAUAUUACUAUAGAAGAUAAAAUUUAGGCCAUAGAUUGCUCUAUUCAUUUUCUUCUCAAAUCAAAAUCUAACUCAAUGGUUCAUUUGCUACAUGACAUUGAUAUGCAAACCAUAUGUAUUGUUAUUGUUGUUACUUUGAAUUUGUUGUCAGGCAUGGAACAAGCCAACAACUUUGAGUA